AGGCCUGCAGGAAAGCCGCGGGGACGACGCCGGCCUGUAAUCAGAGCCGCGCAGCUGGAGGGCCUCCUGCCUCUCGGAAAGAGCGGGACGCGCCCGCCACAGCGCGCAAGGGAGGGCUCGCCAGCCGUAGGACAAAGACGCUUCCUGCCUCGCCAGGCCGGCUCGCCUUGCCGCCAUGAUGCCAGAUCAGACUUAUUGUGAUCGGUUGCGACAGGACACGGCUUUUCUAACCAGCAAUGGCAGACUGAGUGAACAGCUGGUUGAUAAAAUUAUUCUUCAGCUAAACCGAGUUUAUCCCCAAAUUCUUACCAUUAAAGAAGCUGAAAAGUUUCGAAAUCCCAAAGCUCCUCUUCAUAGUCGGCUAUCAAACCUUAUAGCUCACUUGCAAAAGAAAGGGGACAAACCAUGUCAAGAAUUUUACCGAGCUUUACAGAUCAAUGCUGAGCAGCUCUAUAACAACUUGCCAAGCAGGAGAAUUCUAAAAACCUCAGAUUCCACAGGGAUAAACCCUGAGAAGGAGAAAUGUAUUCUAAAUGACAGGGGUCCUACGUUCUUUCUUGCCUGCUUCAGUGUUGCUGCAGGGUUAGCAUUCUUCAUGUAUUGCUACAACCCAGAUUCCAGAGUCCUGGGAAAAGCCAAGAAGGUGCUGGGAUUUUCCCCAAUCAUCAUAGGAAGACAUGUUAGAAACAUCUGUAUGUUAUACAUGGAAGAUUCAUCAGGGAGACAGUAAGAAUGAACAGGCUGCACAGGCCAGCAUCAAAUUUCCCUGCCAAUAGCACGGGUGCUUUGCAAACCAUUACCUUUUCUUAUACCAAAGAUAUAGCUCAGUGGCUUUAGCAGUCUUUGCUGCUUCAAAGGGCUUUCAGAAGAUCACUUAUAUUCGCCUUUUACUCGUGGAAGUAGAUCUUUUUAUUUUUGUACAAGCUUAUUUUUUAAAUUAUUUCUCACCCUGAUAAAAUACAUUUUAGUGCAAACAAGCAUUUUAACAUGCCCUAAUUCACUGCAGAGUCUUGAGAGUCAAGCCAUGUAUAUAUACACUGCAUUUUGCCAGUUUCCGUUUCAAGAUGAGCAGAAAGUUCCUGCUCAAGCUAGUGCUGAAUGGUGGAGCCCUGCUGUGUGUGUCCAUGGCUUGUGUGCCUGUUUAUUAAGAGGAUAAUGAACUCCACAUGAAAGCUAUUCCGAGCUGCUCUGCUUCACUGAGGACAAACAGGAGUUUUCCACUUAAUAUGAGUGUCCGCCUUGAGUGCUGGUGAUAGAACACAUCGAGUUUGGUAUAUCAGCUAAUCCAUUAGCAAGUUUUUACGAACUGCUCUUUGUAAAUAGCAGAAGUAAUUGGUAUUAGACAAGAAAUAAUGUUUGAAACAACACCUGAAAUGUAUAAGCAAUUAUAAUAAAAUGCCAGGUACAAAUGAACCCAAAGCCUUAUUAACAUAUGGAGUGUAUGGUUUUAUUUUUAAAUGUUGAAAUAACUCUUAUGUUCUUUCUGUUUUUAAUAGACUCCAAGAGAUCAGUGAUAUGAAUAACCUAGGCAAAAAUAAGCAUUUGUCAGAUAUCUGUUUCUUAGUCCAACUGUGUAAGAUUUCAUGUUAUGUGAGGUUCCAGAGAAAACUUAAGUGUGUGGCCAAGAAUUUAGCAAGGUUAAUUAACUUAUUCUAAAGAGUAACUGAGUGUGUCAGUCUGUUGUAACUAAACAUGAAGGGUACAGACUACCCAGUUUAUAGUGGCAUAUGCUUCUGAGGACCAUAAUCUGCUUCACACAUCUGAAGGAUUCUGUUCCAUGAAACAUUUCAUUUUCUCAGAAGCCCUUUUCAUGUGCAGGUCCUGUAUAGCAAUUUUAUGGUGCAUCUACACUAUGUCAUCAUCCUUUAGCCCAUGUUUUAUUUCCCUUCUGCCUUGCCUUUUUUCACCUCUCUUAACAAGGGUAAUCUAUUUAGCUGGAAAGACUUAAGCACAUGAAACUUCAAAGGUGUGGUAUAAGGUAGGGCACUAUAUCUUUAGAGGCAGGGAGUGGCAACACUAGUGAUAAUGCUCUUUGUUCUUCCUCCCUCCUCUACCUCUCUUUCCUAUUUCCAUGAAUUCCUCAGUUGUGAGAAUGCACAUUGGAUUUGUACAUGCAUCAUUUUUUCUUACAUUGGAAUUCUGAAUGUCAGUACAUUUGUACGCUUGAAGUUAAUGCCACAUCCCACCUUUCCCUGAUUUUCACCUUUGAUAUUCUGAAUAGGUGGAAUCUUUUCUUAUGUGUAUGUAGAAGACGCCAUCCAUCAACUUUGCAACAGAUGCUUUCCAAACCAUUGUUCACAUUAAUCUUCCUUGGUUGACUAAGGAAUGAUUCUUUAGGGCAUCACAACUCUUUGGGGGAUUGAGUGGAAGGUGCUGACCUUUAAGUAUUUUGAAAUUCCCAAAUCCACUUUUUUAAGAUGGAACAGGUGCUACACAAAUGUACAAAACACCUAUGUGCCUGGUCAUAACUGCUACUUCCUUUGGGGAACUGAAGAGGAAAGAGAUGGGUGGAAAAGGGUUGAAAUGAACAGGAGUGGCCAAUAGCAGGCCGAGGAUAUUCCACCCUAGUCAGCACACUGAAGGGGAUUGUUUUACAGUAAACAUCUUUCCAGUAAUCAUUCACUGGAAAUGAGUUGUGCAGGAACUGCACUGCAGCUUUUCAAGCAACAGCAACAGCACUGAAAAGCAGCAGCAUGCAAGAGACACAUCUAAACACAGUCUUAGUCUUUAAGUUGUCAUAAGGCUCUUCAUUGUUUUGUUUAUCAGGUAGAGGCCUGGUUCAGAUGAAACGUUAAACUAUCAUUUAGUGUCAUUAUAUAUCCACGUUUUGAGUUCCCAUACUCCCCUCUCCUUUUCUUGCAUGGCCAUGUGGUAUAAGUCAGAAGCUCUUAUUUUUAUUUUCAGUUACCCAUAUGUUGUUAUUGUCAAACUGAGGGUAUUGUAUACCACAGUUUAAAGUUGGCUUGGUUUAGGAGAAUGUAAGUAAAGUCCUUGAGUUGAACUCAACUUUAUAGACACAUUUAUUUUGUUUUCUUGGCAACACUACAGACGUUGUUUGCUGAUGUCUUAUUCCAGAAUGGUUUUUCAAUUUCCCAGUCUAGUAACAACCCUGGAAUUUCUUGCUAGUCUGACAUCCAAGAACUAACUAGUUCCAGUCCUGAUUAGCAUGUUGAGAUCAGCCAUCUAGCUGGGCAGGUUCAAAAUACCAUAGCUAACUACAGUUUAAUUAAAAAUGCCAGCCGACGCAUACAAUCACUGCACAGCCAUAGCUAGAGAGGGGAGGACUGAUGCUGUUCUCAGAGCCCAGUUGUGGCUUGGGCUUGAAAUGGAUCAUUCCCAUAAACUGUAGGAACCUGUGGAUUAGCCACAGAAUCUGACUUUUCAUGAAUUUAGAGGCGCCUUCUGAAGAGAAAAUAAAGUGGUACAAGCAGGGAGCAGGGGUUGUUACAGUGGUGAUUAAGGUGCUUGCCCUGCAACUUCAGCAGUUAUCCAGCUGUGGUUUGUGUCUGCCUCUUGUUAGGGAAGUUCUGGGUGAAUUGUUUAGCUAAAAAUGAAAGAGUUUCUCAUCCUGCCCUCACAGCUAAAAGAUGGUAUCUGGCAGAAACUUAAUCAGCAUGUAUUUCCUUGAGCCACCACAGGAUGGUGGGAGAACACUGCAGGAUACGCAUGAGUAACUUUGCAUUCACAUGUGCAGAAUCUUUAAAAACGGAAGUGUUGGCACAGUGGGAGAAAUAACGCUGUACCACUGCUCAGACUCAGACCUCAUCAAUUUCAGAAGAAGAACACCUUAUUUCUAGUGUAUAGAAUAAUCAUCUUUGUCCAAUUGCCAUUUUAAAAUAGGGGAUUUAUUUAGAAAAGAAAUAUAGCUUGUUUUUGUUUCAAAGUCGACUGUAGGAAGGCAGGAAUUAUAUACCUGAGAAUUCAUGGAAACCUUUGCAACAUCAAAGCUCAGUUAAAAGAUAAAGUGCAAGUCAACUUGGAAGUUUAAGCUAUUCCUCCAGUUGGAUAUAAAAGUAGUUCUGAACUCGUAGGCUGGCUAUAUGAUCAACCAACUCUAUAAAAAGAAACCCUAAAAUGUACAUACUAUCAUUCAAGUAGCUUUUAAAAAGAUAAAAUACUUUCCUCCCUCUCUUUAGCCAAUAUUCAAAAAAGGUAAUAGCGAGUCCAGUUCUCUAAAGCAAGUCCAGUUUUCUCUAAAGAGAAAAAUAAAAUCCCAUCUAGAGUAUUCUGAUGUUCAGUUAUAUACAACCCACAAAUACAUGACAUUGAAGUGUACUUAACAUGUUAUUUAUGCAGGAUAGAUCCUCUUCUUUGGAUGCUGCUUAAUCAGAUCCUGCUAGCAUCUGCAUGAGAAAUUUAUCCUAAUGGUAGACUUGAUGAUGAAAGAGUCAAGUGCAGGUUUUGUUCUACCCUGAACUGGCUUUAUUAAUCUCCUAUUCUGUCUUCCAAGAUUUUGAUUAAAUAAGAUGUAUAUAAUGUACCGAAAGUCUGGAAGAGUCUGUGGAAAUGGGGCAUCCAUCACAGGAACAUACUGUUUCAUGUUAAGUUGCAAGUGUUUGCUGAACAGGAGAAAUGAAAAACUACAGUACACUAAAUCCAAAGAGCACAUCAGCUGAUUUUCUCCGUUUUCUGUGAUGUGUUCCGUAUGUUAAUGUAUUUAUUAUUAUUAUUAUUUUAAUCAGAAUGCUAAUUAUCAUGUUCAGUUCAGUUAGGUUAAUUUUUUUCAUUAUGUGAAAUAACAUGGUUGAUAGGUGAGAAUUCUACAGCUGCAGAAAGCUAGCUUCCUCUGACUGGUAGUGUGUCUGUUUCUGUGUCUAUGUAUAUGAAGGAGCCAAAUAGAUAGCACUGAAUGCUCAAACCAAUUAAAAAUUACAGUGUUGACGACCCAACCUGAAAUGUGAGACUGAAAAUACAUAAAUGUACCCAGACCUUUUCCAUUCCCCAUAAAGAAAUUCUCAGGAGGCAGUAACAUUAGACCAAAGAGGUCCAGAUUUUUUUCUUUGAUUAGAAAAUCAGAUUUUUGGAAGUCCCUAUUUUCCAGGAGUAGUCGACGUGCCUAUAGCCAUCACUCCCCCACUGACAAUUCCCUUAAGGCCCACAAGGCUCCCUAUUUCACCUUAUGAUUCAUUUUAGAUUCUUUUAAUUAAAUAAUAAAUAGGAAGCUGGCAUUGAGCACAGCAGUAACCUCUAGUGCCACUUAAAUUUGAAGAAUGCUUUUUGCAAACUAAGCACGUUAAAAAGUAAAACAUUGUGGUGGGUGCUAGAGACUGUCCAGAAAGAGCAAAAAUAGGUUUAAGCGUAAAAAGCAUUCUGCGGGAGUGGUAGAAAGCAAAUUCCUAUUCAACUGUGCAAUGCUUUGGAUCUGAUUUGAAAGAGCUGCUUCAGAAUGUUCAGGAAUGUGAAUGCAGAUGCUGUCGGUGAUUCGUGAACGCAGCCGUGUCUGUGCUUUAAUGAGUCACAGGUAAAUGCUGUGUUUGUGCUUCUGCCCUUUGCGAUAUUUCUCUGCCAACCCAGUCUGGAGCGUUGCAUGGCCCUAAUACCCUGGCCAUGCUACUUAUUGAAUAGUCUAGGGCAGCCUUUCUCGACCUUUUGACCCUGGAAAAACCCUUGAAAUAUUUUUCAGGCCUCAGGGAACCCCUGCACAUUCAGGCUCAAAUAUAGGCCAGAAGUUACAAAAUUACUACUGUAUAUUUGUUUCAUGUGUAGGCCUCUAUAUAUGCAUUAACAGUGUUCUUAAACUAAAAAUAAGAAUGAAACUUACCUCUUUGCUGUGAAGUUGCCUGAAUUUGAAAUAAUUUUUAAAAUAAAUUCUGACCUCUCACGGAACCCUAGGGUUACACAGUACCCUGGUUGAGACACCCUGGUCUAGGGUUUAACUGAAUGCACUAUUUAAAUGUUAUGUAUUAUUAACUCUAAUUUGACUUAGGUAUAGAAGAUUCUUUAAGUGAUCAAUCUGUUUUCAAAAGGAAAUAAUGCCUUUCAGAUGACUCUAGAUCAUGAUGCUAGCAAAUCAGACCUCUGGUACGUGGAAGAGAACAAAAUGGCAUGUGUAGUUGCUGUGUCUGCUGAUAAUGCCAGCCGUAUUCUCUACAUUGCUCAGAGUGAAUGUAAUAGCUGUAUGAUAUACAUGGAAAUUGCUACAUGUUUAGCUUAAUUAUUCAAAUUAUCCAAUGAUGGCCUUAGAUAUUUUCUGGACCAAUUUUAAAAGUCUUUGUUUCUAUUCAAUCCACAUAAAUAUAAUGUGGAUGGUGACUUGAAAUCCAUCAAUUCUUUUUAUACCAGAUUUCAGGUGAUACGUUAGCAAUUAUGUGGCAACCUCACAUAUUUUUGAUCAUUUUUUAAAACAAUUACCUUUUAAAAGGGUUUUUAGGGAUACAGAGAGAAAAGGACUUAAUCUGUGCCAUGCUGCCCACAGGGGCUGCACUGAUGCACAGCAUGGUUUUCAAAGACUUUGAUGACAAUAUAUUCAUUGGCAUAAAAAACAGAAAUGUUUGGAACUGCUGCUAUAGAUUAAAAAAUACAUUAUCAAGAGAUAUGCUGAAGGGGAUGACAAUUUUAAUAUGAAGACAGUUGUCCAAUUGAUCUACAAGGAUUGCUUUGCAAUAAAAGAAUAGAUAUCUCUUAGGGCUUUGCGGUGAUCUGGAUUUGAAUUGGAAAACGGAUAUUAUCCUUUCAGAGUCCUGUGGCAAGUGGGUCAUCAUACAAACUGAAAGAAAGAAAUGUGAUUCUGAGUGUGCAUGAGCGCACACUUCACAUUGGUCUUUUGUGUCAAUCCAAGGAAAGAUGUGUUCUAUUUCUGGCCAACAUGUGUUCUUGAUCACACACAGGAGCUAGCCAAUCAUACUGUGCUACUGUUUGAAAUUUGCAGAAUUGCUCCCCCACCCAUCGCCCAAAGUCUCUGCCUCAGGGAAUCAGGUAAAAUGUUAAAAUGUAAUGAGGGAGUUUACAGGAAAAGGUAAUAGGAAUAUGUUGCAUUAGAGGCAGCAUUCGACUGUUUUAUGCCCACAUUCCACUUACUGCAGGAAUCCCAGGAUUUUAUAACAAGGAAACCAUAUAAAGAAGUGUCAGUGUGUAUUAAGUGUGUAUCAAUAUUAAAAAAAGAAAAGGAAAAAAGGAUUGGAUUUUGGGGAAUUUGUUUUUGUAAUAUAAUAUUACUAUUUUAUUUUACUUUUAAUCUAUCAGUGGAAGGGGGAAAGAUCAAAUGAAGUAAAACAACAAAAAGAAAAAGAAAUGAAAAAUAAAAAUGCCUGUUAAAAUAAAUGUACGUACAACAUUCUUCUCAAUAAAUGUCCAGUGUGAAUGCAGGUUCUGGAGGAAGUUUUGCUCAAACUGUAACAUGUGCAUAAAAUCCUUUCAUUCUUAUUUAUAAGCAGUGUUUAAUGUACUUGGUUGUAUGUUAUUAAAAACUUUAUGUGUAGAUAAAAUUAAAAUUCUCAAACCAAGUUAAACAUAA